AAUGCUUUUGACUUUUUAAGAUUUAAUUUCAAUACAAUUGAAUUCAAUUUACAGCUUAGCAUAGGCGUUUCCGUGCUAUGCCUUCCAUGGCUCAGGUGGAGUCAGCCGGACUUGUCGAGACCGAUUAAGGUGAAUCUCAUCUUCCCGAUCUUUUACAUCCUGGCUACUCUCUUCGUCACGAUUGUUCCGAUGUACGCGAGUCCCGUAGAAACUGGAUACGGUUGUCUGAUGAUACUCUCCUCCAUACCUGUCUAUCUCGUAUUCAUCGCGUGGAAAAACAAGCCAAAAUUCUUUCAAGAAGGAGUUGGCGCCGUCACCCAAACUUUGCAGAAGCUGUUGGUAGUCGUGGGGCCACAAAAGGCAAAGGUUUAAAACACACUGUUACAUAAUUUUACUCUUGUCAUGUCACGCAUGCUUAGCACUCAUCUGUUUUCUUUGCUUCAUGUUUCCUGCCUUAUCUGAUUGGAACAUUUGCUAGGAUUCUCUCAUCUUUUAAGAUCGCUCUAUUCACCAUGCCUCAAGUUUUACUACAGUUUUCUCUCUAUUUGCGCAUUUACAUUUUAUCACCUAAUGUUUACCUCAACUAUCAAUUAUAUUUUUAUUGUAUUUUAUAAGCUUUAAAAAUAAUAAUCAUCUGCU